AAUUUCAAAACCCUAAUGAUCUGAAAGAAUCGCGAAGGAGUGACAAUGUCGGAUGACAUGCUCAUCCAUUUCUCCUCCAACUCGUCCAACCAGUCGGACCAGUCUCUCCCCACCAAGAUUGCCAAGCUCGAAGCUCGCAUGGUCGGCAAGGCCUCCUCUGCUCCUCCUCCUCCUCCUGCUCAGUCUUCUUGGCCUUCACUCUCCUCUGCCCCUAAAUUCGUCUCGGCCGACUUGGACUCCGCCGAGCCUUCUACUUCCAGCGAUUCCGAUGAUGAUAAUGGAGGGGAGUUUUUGAUACAAGCUAAUACUCAGAAGCGCCAGAAACUUCAAGAAGAUGGUACAUCAACAACUGUCUUUGACCAUGUUGAGGCACUAGCUGAUGUGAGGCAAUUGGUUGUGGAUUCCAAAGUUACUUCUGAUGUAAAUCGAAAAAAGCAUGGUCGUGGUAGGGCCAAUUCUGUCUCAGGUCGAGGUCGCGGUUCAAGAGUUCAGGAUCAGACAAGAUUAUUAAUUUCUCCUUCAACAGUUUCAUCCCCAAAUGGGGAGCUUGAGAACUCAUACAAGAGGGAUAGCAGGUCUAAAGAUCAGCUUCGAAAUGACACUAGCUCUUCUUUAUAUGAGGACGUAGCAACUUUACGUGCAACAGUUGCUUCACUAGAGGAGGACCUUCGUAAAUCACGACAAGAGGCCUCUGAUCAUCAGAAUCUUUUUCUCCAAUUAGACAAGGAAUUAAAAGAACUAAAAGAUAAUGAACAGAAAAUGAAGCCUAAGAGAACUAAAGUAAUCUCCGAUUUGCUGAUAUCUGUUUCAAAAGCAGAGAGGCAGGAAGCAAGGUUGAAAGUACGACAGGACUCCUUGAGGCUUGGUAAUGUGGGUGUAAUCAGAGCUGGAACUGUAAUAUCAGAGACAUGGGAAGAUGGGCAAGCUUUAAAAGAUGUCAAUGCUCAUCUUAAACAAUUAUUAGAAACUAAGGAGGCUGUUGAGAGGCAGAGAAAGUCAUUGAAAAAAAGGCAAACUGAUAAGAGCGACGCAGUUGAUGCUGAAACUGGAGUACAAGAAGAAUCUCUAAUCCAGGAUGAGAUCUAUAAAUCCCGUCUAGCUAGCAUCAAACGAGAGGAGGAAGUUCUACUUCGUGAAAGGGACCGCUAUGAACUGGAAAAGGGAAGGCUUAUCCGUGAAAUGAAACGCAUACGUGAUGAGGAUGGUUCCCGUUUUAACAAUUUUCAGAUCCUCAACCACAGAUAUGCUCUCUUAAAUCUUCUUGGCAAAGGAGGCUUUAGUGAAGUUUACAAGGCAUUUGACUUGGUAGAGCACAGAUAUGUUGCUUGUAAACUUCAUGGAUUAAAUGCUCAGUGGAGUGAAGAGAAGAAGCAGAGUUACAUAAGGCAUGCAAUUCGGGAAUACAAUAUUCACAAAACCUUGGUGCAUCAUCACAUUGUCCGGCUUUGGGACAUUUUUGAGAUUGAUCAGAAUACAUUUUGCACCAUCUUAGAGUACUGUAGUGGGAAAGAUCUUGACGCUGUCCUUAAAGCAACACCCGUAUUGCCUGAGAGGGAAGCUAGGAUCAUUAUCUUUCAGAUAUUUCAAGGUCUUAUUUACUUGAACAAAAGGACACAAAAGAUUAUACACUAUGAUUUGAAGCCUGGAAAUGUUCUGUUUGACGAACUUGGUAUUGCAAAGGUGACUGAUUUUGGUCUCAGCAAGAUUGUGGAAGAUGAUGUUGGAUCCCAGGGUAUGGAGCUUACAUCCCAAGGUGCUGGAACUUAUUGGUAUCUACCUCCUGAAUGCUUUGAGCUCAGCAGGACACCUCUUAUCUCAUCAAAGGUUGAUGUUUGGUCAGCUGGUAUUCUGUUAUACCAAAUGUUGUUUGGCAGACGUCCUUUUGGGCACGACCAGACUCAGGAACGAAUACUGCGGGAAGACACAAUUAUCAAAGCACGAAAAGUUGAGUUUCCUUCCAGACCAUCCAUCUCAAAUGAGGCGAAGGAAUUCAUCCGGCGUUGUCUAACAUAUAAUCAAGCUGAGAGGCCAGAUGUAUUGGCAAUCGCUCAAGAUCCCUUUCUGACAUACUCAAAGAAGUAAAGACGAACCAAGAGUCGGGUGCAAGAUAAUUUUGUUUGUUUUCCUGCAAACACCCACCAGAAAUCUGUACAGCUUGUAAAUGUUUUUGCUUAUUGUAACUUCGGCACGUCUCACCUCUUGAAAUAGGCUGGUUUGAGGGUCUUGGUUUUGUGACCCCAUUUCUGGGAGAGGUCGUAGGACUCGUAGGUGUAGUUAGAAAAGGAACUUCAUAUUUUGUGUAAUCUUUCCCAGCCCAACCGUGCUCUAAUUUCUUUUGUUGAUCAUAUGUUGGGACUGUUGUCUUUUGUUUUGGUAUAACAUAGUGAAAGGAAUAUGAAAGGCUUUCCCACUUUAGCUACUUCUUCAAGUCAGAAAGUGUGUGACAUAGGUGUGGGAGGUGGAGGUUCUAUAUUCAUGUGAAUACGAGGCCAUAGGUGUGGGAGUUGAAGACAAUCAUGCCCCUGCUUCUUUCACCCGUUCAUGGAGAUAUGAUGUGUUUCUGAGUUUUCGAGGUGAGGAUAGCCGCUGGAAUUUUACAGACCAUUUGAACAGCAACUUGUGUCACAAGGGGAAUUAAAACCUUCAUAGAUGAUGAGCUUAGAAGAAGAGAAGAAAUAUCUCAAAGCAAUCGAAGAGUCGAUGAUUUCUGUUAUUGUAUUCUCUGAGAACUAUGCAUCCUCAAAGUGGUGUUUGGAUGAACUUGUCAAAAUCCUCCAAUGUAAAGAAUCAAGGCAACCCUUCGGAUGUACGAAACCAAACCGGUAGUUGCUUUGAUUGGCUCUCCUCUGUGCUGCUUUUGAAAUUAAGCAUCACAAUUCUGCUGGAACCAAGUUGGUUGCCACCUUAUAUGUCCCGAGUUACUUUUGCUCAUAUCAGAACUAGUUCAGGCUUCACCAAAAGGUUUGGGGAUGUUGUUUCAGUCCCGGUUUACGAUUGUUCAUUGAACUUGAAAAGCUGCGGAGUAGACCUAGUAAUGCCACAAGACAAAGAUGUCUUUGCAUCUAAGGAGGCAAUGGUCUAUGGAGAUACCAACAGAAGGAUUAGUGAAGAUGAUGAAGGCGAUGAAGAGUUGGAAGAUGACCUCUUGAGUUCUGAAGAUGAUCAAGAUUUGGAACAGGACUAUUUAUUCUCUGAAGAUAACUGCUACCUGAAUAUGAUGAAGAGCAAUGGC